UUUUUGUUAUUUCAAAGCCACCAUUGGAAAGUUCAAACAGAAAGGAACAAGGUCCUGUACAAAGAGUCCACAUCAUGAUGGAGCUAAAUAUAGAUAACCUUAAGAAAGUGGUCAAGGAUAUCCUGGAUGAGUGGGCGGGCAUCUGUCACCUGUAUAGUAUUGUUCACGACUUUGCAGAAAUGUACACAGAUGUGAGGACAGAGCUUGGAUCAACAGUAGAUAUAUAUUCCUAUGAUUAUCGUAAACUGUCAAUGUUAUACGGCCCAAACAGAACUAGUCUGAUAAACAUACAGUGGAAGGGUGAUGCCAAGCAGUUUAAUGUGACCCUGGGUACUGUGGGUAGUUCUACGACAGUCAAUCCUCACACCAUACUUCUGUCUCAGUUCCAGAGGGAGCUCAACCACACUCGCUCCCUGGCACAGAUAUGUCAGGUUCUCCAUGAGACAUGGGCCCCGAUGUCCUCCAUCAAUAAACUGAGUAUGUCCCUGGUACAGGCUGCUGCUACUAACGUGAAGCAGCCGAUGCAGAGUUUUACAGUGAUUCCACAGUCUACCACUCACGUACGAAUAGCAUUCAGGAAUAUAUCUUGUAUUGACGUCCAUUUCCGUAGUAACAAGAUUGUUUCCGUUAGAGAUGGGGCUUACAGUUUGUUUGACAACAGCAAGGCAGUGGAUGGAUUCAGUCCCACAUCUAUGUUCAAGCAUUUCCUGAACAAGUAUGUAGACGAUGCUAUAACAGGCAGACACACCCACCGUAUGUCAACCACUGAGGAUGAUAAUCCGCCGUCCCCCAUGGACUCUAUAGACAUCUUUAGUCUCUCCUCCCAGCCCCCCUCUACCGGCUCCCCGGCAUCCAGACAGAGGGAGACAGGCCUCAGGUUCCCCAUGACCCCACCCUCCAACCCCCACACACCGGCCUCACCCAGCGCCGCCAGGAUAUCAGGGGUGACCCCCUCCCCCUCCACUGCUCUGAUUGGCACCCCCUCCCCCAGUACCCUGCUCAAUGUGGGGUCCCCCGGGAACCCCCAGCUUCAUGUCCCCUCCCCAGGGUCCAGUGCGUUCGUCCCUGCCCCCUCCCCACAGUCCCUGGGGAUACACAUGCAGAGUCCAGCCUCAGGAUUCAUGGGACCACAAGGUUUAGAUGUGGGGUCGCCCUUCACCAGUGCUAGUCUUGCCAUGCCGUCCCCGGUACAGAGGAACUGGCCUAACUCCCCCUCAGUGUCUGGCCCCUCCCCCGCCUCUAGACACACCGCCCACUCCCCAGGGAACCCAGCUCUACACUCCCCCCAGACACAGGUUAAGGAUGGGGACCACAGCAAGUCGACAGAGUUUCUCCCUAAACAUUUGGGGAAUUUUAGAGAUGAGAUUAAUUCUUUGCUGAGUCACACCACCAGAAUGCUUCCACAGCGAGCUUGGGCGGCCUCCAUCCCCACCCUGCUAUCCCAUGAUGCCUUUGACACGCUCCUGACCCCCAACAGAUCUCAGUCCCUCCCCUACACUAUAUCGUCCUCCCCCCUGGAGAGAUUCCUGGGGAGUGUGUACUUAAGGAGGAACCUACCCAGGCUGAUCCAGUCUGAAUCUCUGACCCCGAUGCGCUCCACUGAUCCCAACAUAAUCUCAUUUAAAGUAGAGACAUUACAGUUCCACGUCAGCUUCAGUAACAACUUACAGAGUCUUCAUAUGAACGUCCAGUCAGUACCAGAACACAGAGACCAAUGGAGUAUGGAAGUCCUUAACAUCAUCCAGCAGUACUUUGAUUCCAAGGUUGCCUGUCCUCCGUACAAAGUGAACGCCGCUUAG